AUGCGACGGGUGGCGGAGCAGGAGGCUUUCCCAGCCGUCGUCAUCUCGUUGGAGGCACAGGCCUACUUGGCGCCCAGGCGGCUGCGACGUCAUGACUGGAGCUCUGGAGCUAUUUCGGCUGAGCGGUCGAUCGUCGCGGGUAGCAACCACGGCGUGAAGGUCGGCAAGCUGUUCCUGUACCCGCUGCUGCAGCGCGUGAGUGCAGGGUCCCCGGCAGUGGGCUUGCAAACGUUCGUGGAUGACACGAUUCUGAGGACGGAGGGCCUGAAGCGGGCCGCGGUGGACCAGAUGGUAGUGGCCCUGAAGCGGUUUGGAGAGUGUUGCCAGGCCGCCAAGCUCACCAUCUCUGACAAGUCCGUCAUCGUGGCCUCAGACAUGGACGCGGCCCAGCAGGUAGUGGGCGGCGCAGGCGGGCCCAGCCUCCCGCUCAAGGCAGUAGAGAAGGCCGUGGACCUGGGCGUCAGCACCACGGCGGGCAAGCGUCGGGACCAGAGCCAGUUCCACAAGCGCGCCAAGACGGUGGCCAGGCGGAUGCGCGGCAUCCACCGCAUGCGGCGUAAGGCGCGGCUCCGGGAGUACACCAAGAUGCUCCACAAGACGGGGGCACAACCGGCGCUGAUCUAUGGCCACCAAGUCCUCGGAGUGGCGCCGACGGCCUUGCUGCGGCUCAGGCGCCAGGCCAGCCGUGCGAUCGCAGGCAAGGGCUUCGGCAGAUGCCUGUCCACCACGCUGGAGCUGACCCUGGAUGAGGACGACCCGGGGCUGACCCUGCCGCGCCAGCUGCUUGGCGAGUGGAUGCAGUUCUGGAGGCGCCAUCCUGAGCAUCGGCAGCGAGUGCAGGCAGCGUGGCGCCUGCUGUACCAGAAGCUGAAGGCGCUGCCGCAGGCCAGGCGAUGGGCCAGAGUGCGUGGUGCUAUCUCGGCGGUGACUUACACAUUGCUCACUGCUGGCUGGGACGUGCCCUCGGCUACCACCUGGCACUCCGACGUCGAGGAGACUUGGCAAAUGAGUGAGGACAUGGAAGCUGACGACACCGAGCUCCUGGACGAGUUCACGGCCAGCAUCAAGAGGGCCUGGUGGGCCAAGGCGGCUCGUCAUGAUGUUGGAGAAGGGCUCGCAGACGGCGCUGAUCUGCACCAAGCGAGGAGGCACCUGGCGAGGCUCCAGCGCGACGGCGAGUACGGCACCUGGGCCAUGCAGCUGCAGGUGAUGACCGGAGCAUCCUGGACGAGGGUGCGUCAGAAGGAGGCUGGCUUCGACGUGUCGGCUACGUGCCCCCGGUGCGGGCUGGCCGACGAGACCCUGCUGCAUCGAGUGUGGCAGUGUCCGUGCAAUGUGGGCCAUGAGGACUGUACGAGCACGGAGUCGCUGGCGGCCAGAGCCGUGGAGGGUGCUGCUGCGGUGCCCUGCCUCUGGUUGCGGGGCCUCCCGCCUACCGGCUGGACGCGGUACGAGUACCCAGAGGGCGCCAGCGAGUUUGAGCACGUGGCGGGCGACUGGGACACGGCCGCCGAGCAGUACAGAGGAGAGGAUGGCUUCCUCGACGUCUUCGGCGAUGGCUCGGGCGGGGAGCACAGCGACGACCCUCGUCUGCGACAGUGCGGAGUGGGCGCGGUCAUCCUGCAGGGCUCGCUGCAGGCGCCAGGCGAGCUGCGCGUGGCAGCUGGCGUUGCAGCAGGGCUCCCUGGGCCGAAGCAGACGGUGCCGAGGUCGGAGCUGCAGGCGUUCCUCAUCGCGCUGCGCCGCACGCGAGGCUGCCUGCGGUACCACACCGACCACAUGCCGCUGGUGCACGGCUAG